AGUAAAAGUGUUUCAUUCAAUCAUUCAUUGGUUUCAGAGUUUCAUUUAGUUGUGCUAACUAAAUACUGUUUAACGCAAAUGUUUCGUCGUUCGUCGGUUCUUGGUGCUAGUUGUAUCGCGCAUAAAAAUCGUAUUAUAGACUAAUGUUCUUUACAAGAUAAACGAUGCCAAUUCCCGAGUGGUACUCGCUGCGAAUCAGUUGAAGAGACAAAAAAAAUUGUUACCAUUUAUUGAGUUUUGUUUAUAUAAAGGAAACACGAAACGGGAUCCCUCGGGUGCACCAACUAUGACCGCAGCCAGUCCAAUCGUAAUUUUUCUCUACAAAGCUUGGAAGGAAAAAUGGCGCCACCCAGUGCGGAAUUUGUUAAAUACCGUUUUUCCGAUAGUAGUUAUUGCGCUGUAUGUGUUCAGCCGCUCCGGUUUCCAGCGCGGUGGGGCCAAACGAGUCAAUUCCGAGAUUGCCACUGCAACGUUUGCCUCUUUGUCGCAGGAUGACUUGGUAGGAUUUUACCCCGCCGGAUACUCCAGCAAGCUUUUCUACUCGCCAAAGAAUGCGUUCACCGAGGAGCUGAUCGAACUUGUUCGGGUAAAGCUGUUUAUCACCUUCGAUCGUGUGGAAGCAUUUGCGACGGCUGGCGAAAUGGAGCAAGCCAUUCUAACCAGCCAGGAGUUUUAUGCAAUCGAUUUCGCCGUUAAUUCGUCGGAAGCGUGGCUCUCGUACACGAUUCGCAGCAAGAACAAUAACUUUCGAACGGAGCAAAUCUAUUCGCGUGAUGUUUACGGUAGCUAUCUGAAGGAUCACAACGAAUACUUCGAAAGUGGAUUCCUUGCACUGCAGUAUGCGAUCGAAAAAUCGUUCGUAGAAAUCCGAACUGGACUCUCGGAAGAGACUCUGCCAGAGUACAACUAUCAGCACGUACCGCUGAUGGCAGAUCGACCGCAGGAGUCGUCGGAAAUUUUUGUUGUCAGCCUGAUGCUAGCGGUAUUUAUAUCGGUGGCCUGUACUUAUCUGUUGCUCGUUCCGUUGGUGGAGGAAAAAAGUUCCGGUAUGAAGGAGUAUCUUAAGAUUGCCACUCCGGCCAGCUACUGGAACGAAAUAGCCUACUUCAUCACGAAUUUUGCCCACCUUGGUGUCGUUUCCAUGGUGUGCAUGAUAAUAACCAACACCGCAGCAGUGUGGGAGCUAACUAUAGCUCAGAUCGUUUAUUCCUACAUUCUUUUGUUUUUGUUUCUAGUUUGUACCAUUAUGUUUACCUUUUUCGUCAGCACACUUCUUGAGUCGGUAACCAUUUCGACCAUAGUUGCUCCGAUCUGCUACUUUGCUCCGGUCGUAUUCACUUCGGCUCAAAAACGAUUCGAACCGUACCUAACGUUUUUCCCAAUGGUAGGCUUCAAAGUUGGCGUUUCGAUUCUACACGACUAUCAGAACUCAUGGCAUAGCUUCACGGUAGGCGAUGCCUUCGUAACCGGUCACCCAGGAAAUAAUAGUAUAAGUCUCUUUGAGGUUAUGUUAAUGCUCGUUAUGGGUACAUCGAUUUGGGCUUUCUUCUGGUUUUAUAUAUCCAACGUGCGACCAGGGCAGUAUGGCACGCCGAAGCCCUGGCUGUUCCUGUUCAAUAGCGAAUACUACCAAAAGGGUAAAAAUAAGGUACAAAAUGGUUAUGAUCGAUCAAGCCUCACAGAUGGUGAGGGCAGCAACAAUGCCAAAGGAGCAAUGGAAAACGGCGAUCAUCUGGAGAAAGUGGUUAGGAUCGAUCAUUUGUACAAAAUUUUCAAAACGUCAUUCGGAACGCGAACGGCUGUCAAUGAUCUCUCGUUAAGAAUUUAUAAAAAUAAAAUAACAGCCCUGCUUGGUCACAACGGGGCAGGAAAAACCACUACAAUGAACAUUAUAACCGGUAUGACCCCACGUACAUCCGGCAAGAUCGAAAUUGACGGGGAAGAUAAUGCCAACAACUAUCGGCAGCAAAUCGGUUUCUGUCCGCAGCACAAUGUUGCGCUUAGCUUUAUGAACUGUCGGGAGCAUCUAAUCUUUUUCGGAGCCCUCAGAGGGAUGAGCAUGUCGGAAGCGGAACGACAGGCAGAUGAAAUACUAGAGAAAGUUAAUUUGCAGGACAAAAGCGAACAAGUAGUAUCAAAACUAUCCGGUGGCAUGAAACGACGGCUUUGUCUAGCGAAUGCGAUUAUCGGCCGUACUAAGCUGUUGAUACUGGACGAACCUACUUCCGGGCUGGAUCCCGAAUCCCGCAGGGACAUCUGGGAUAUUCUACUGAAAUUGAAGAAGAACCACACCAUCCUAAUUACGACACACUUCAUGGAGGAAGCCGACGUACUCGGCGAUUGGAUUGCCAUCAUGGAAAAUGGAGAGCUGAUAGCGUUCGGUACUUCGAUUUUCCUGAAAUUUCACUAUGGAAAGGGUUACACGCUGAAGCUGCUGAAGAAGGGUAAUUUCAACCGGGGCGAGGUGAUGGACAAAAUCAAUCACUAUAUUCAAGGAGCAGUGGAAAAGCCGGCGGUUGAACCGGUGUUUUCCAUUACGUUGCCGUACAUUUGUAUUGAACAGUAUGCACCACUGCUGAAGGAGCUUGAGGACAGCAAAGACGUGCUCGGAAUCGAUUCUAUCAGCAUCACAAAUGCCACGCUGGAGGAAGUUUUCUUGAAUUCUUCCUCAGACAACAAAGCCCUCGAACUGGACCAGAGUUUCGACGUUCCGGACGCUCCAAUAAAACCACGCAUUUUGUCCGCCAGUAGCAACCAACCAAAGCCCCCGGAGAAGAAUCACCAACCGCUACUGCUGUCCAUGGUACAGCAACAGAAAGCGAUUGCCUACAAAAAGUUUAUACACGUGAAGCAAAAUGCUCACAUCUACGCCUUUAUGUCGGCCCUGCCGAUCUUCGUAACCUUUCUCUGCUUUCUGCUGCGUAGUGGUUACUCUAGCACCGAGUACGAUUCGAUUGCCCUGCACCAUUCGACGGUUAACCGUGCCUUCGCCGUCGUUGUUCUCAACGACAAGGACCGUCCGUUUAACGUUGCUACCAUCCGGGAGGAAGCCUAUUUCAAAAAUUUAGACAUAAUCGUAGCAGAGGACCAACAGAUCGAAGGUUUUCUGGUCCAAGAAGGGGGCAAGGAUUGGAAGCGCUACCACGAUGCCCUGGUGGCAGCCAUCGAGUUUAACGUUAGCGAUCGCAGUUUGAAAAUAUUACACAACAACAAUCUGCUGCACAGUGCCGCUAUUGCAGCCAACAUCGGAAGCAAUCUGCUGUUGCAUUACUACGGUUACCCGAAGGCUGAGGUCACCGUUCAGAACAGUCCUUCCACGCGCCGCUUUCAGGUGGAUUCACUGACGCCGUAUAUGUUUACGGAAGGAAUUGCUUUGCUGUUCAUGCUGUACAUACUUCAGUACCUUCAGUUGCCCUUUCUGGAAGCAUCGAGUGGUUUCAAGCAGCUUCAGAACGUCAACCGGUACGUGUACUGGGGUGGCACAUUUCUGCUGGACUUGGCGCUUCACGCGUUCGUUUGCCUGCUAGUGUUCGCGCUAGCGGUGAACAUGGAUCGUGAGGCACUGUUCACCAGAACCGAGCAUAACCAAAUUUUUGGUAUUCUUCUACUGUACGGUGUGGCUGCUUUGCCGGUGAUAUAUCUGAUCAGUCAGUGCGUGGAUAAAAUGGAUACGGCCGUAACGGCCAUGAGCUACCUUAUGAUUGUGGGCGUGUUUGGUGUGCUUUUGCUUUCCGAUGGCUACGAUCGAAUACGGGAGAAUGAGGGCCUAAUUUCACUGUUCCACAUUGUUCCGGAGUUCGCAUUGAAGCACUCGCUGCGAGUGGUCUACGAAAACCACAAGGUUACAAAGAUCGAAGCAUUAAUCAGGGCGAAUUCCAUCGAUCGCCCCAGCAAAGAACCUCUCCCUCAACUCGGUUUGACUAACAUCUACGUGAUGGUACCGUUGAUGUGGUUCGUGUUGUGGUUGGUACUAAACUUGAUCGUGGAAGACAUGUAUCGGAUGGAUGCUAUUUUGAACGCAAAGGCACGGCUGGACCUGUACUUUAAGAACAAUCUGCGACGUGGCAAAACAAAAAAGAAUGGCCUUGAUCAACCGGAUUCGAACUACGAAAUGGGCUCCGGCGUCGACGACGAUGUGGAUGCGGAGUCUCGUAAAAUAGAAGAAAUGAUCAACAAGGAGCCGCCGGAAUUUGCCCGGCACAGUAUCGCCAUUUAUAACUUGCGCAAAAAGUACUUAAACCUUUCGGCGGUAAAGGGGAUCAGUUUCGCAGUCAAACAAGGCGAAUGCUUCGGACUUUUGGGGAUGAACGGAGCUGGAAAAACAAGUACUUUUCAAAUGAUCACCCGAAAUCUACCGACAACGGACGGAACAAUCUACUUGAACGAACUAGAGGUUCGGCAAUCAUCCGAUUACCACUAUCGUUCGCAGUAUGGCUACUGCCCACAGGGGGAUUCCCUGCUGGACUUCAUGACUCCCUAUCAAAUAAUCAACUACUGUGCUUUGAUGAAAAAUUUAACAAACCGGGAAAAUCUGAUCAAUCAGUGGCUGACCGAUCUUGACAUUCUGCCCUUCGCGCAUAGUCGCAUCAAUGAGUGCUCGGGUGGUACGAAGCGUAAAAUCAACACAAUUCUCGCGAUGUUGGGUGAUCCUCCCAUCGUGUUUCUGGACGAACCUACAACGGGCGUCGAUCCGAAAUCCCGCCAUUUCGUGUGGAACAGGAUCAAAAUGCUACAGCGACUAGAGCAAACUAUUAUUCUCACCUCUCAUAGCAUGGAUGAGUGCGAAGAGCUGUGCAAUCGACUGUCGAUUAUGGUAGACGGCCGGCUGCGCUGCAUCGGAUUCAUUCAGCGACUGAAGGAGAAGUACGGAAAAGGGUUCAAUUUGUUCCUCAAACUGAAAAAUUGCAGUCAAGAGGAUACCUGCAAACUAAUUGCCGAGACACGACAGCAAGUUCCAUGUUCACUCAAGGAAGAACAUGAUGGCAUGUUAAAAUUCCUUGUGCAAGAACGGAUACCACUGUCGGAACUGUUUACGAAAACGACAAACCUGGCGGCGGAGUACCGCCAACUGAUCGAUAGUUUCUCGAUAAAUGAAACCUCGCUGGAGGACAUAUUUCUUAGCUUUAGGCCACCGUCGACGACAAGCUCGCGGUGUCAACAAGUGAGCGAUAUCGUUUAAGUACAAUGGGUACUUAUAAAGUGGAUUAGUGUCGACAAAUUCACCACUGACACUGUCCCAUGUCCUGUCCGACAUCAACGAUGCAAUCUAUAUCUAUAACUAAAUACGUGUGUUUGUGCAAGUGUGUGUUCGUUUGAUACGAGGUUGUGGUUUGGCCAGGCCAAACCAUUCACACGAUAUCGAAUAUUGAAACGACCAAAUGUUAUUUAAGGAAUUUGUUUAAAAAAUGCUUCUAAGUUUUAAUGCCGGCUGCUACUUUUUUUAAAUGAUCAUCAAUCAAUUGUCAAGUUUCGUUGAGACAUAUCCAUUCCAUGCGCAUCGUUUCCUAACCUCCUAAAUUUAGAACGUGUUUUAGGCCUAAGACCUAUUAUGGUCAGCUAAUCCUUUUAGUUAGGUAAGUAAGAAUAUUUCGAAAUCGAUUAUUGGCACAUUUGGUACGUGCACCAGCGCGAAUAGAGAAAAUUUCCAGUCACCAACGCAGGCAAAACUGUGAUUUUUUAGAUCGGGCUUUUGUUAUCUACAGUUUUUUCCAAAAUCCAGAAAAUUUGGUUAAUUUUCCUAUGAUGAUUUUAGUCCGCAAACCUCUGACGUUCUGAUAGUAUCACAAAAGACAGUCGACCGAGUAACUGCACUCCAGAAUAGACCGUGACGCUACUUGCUUGCGUAUCAUCGACGGGUGAUGGUUUACGACCAGUUUUACUUGUACUACGUUGUACUAUGCCAAGGAAUAAUGAAAAAACUAGCCUGACGCCAGAUGCAGGUCGACGGACCUCGUCAUCCAUCUCACACACAGAACGGGACGACUGGUGAACGUUGGCUGCAAAGUUCUGGCUGUGGCAGAUCAGUCCGGUCCGGGUUUUUCUUGUCGAGCCAUGUUUCGGUAAUUAA